AUUUUUUGUAUCUUUCGACUCAUAUCAUGUACUUGCUAAUUGUCAUUUUAGGAUAUUUACAUUCCUGUUCAUAACUAAUUUGUCACUCGUUUCAGUUCUGAAUACAAGAUGAUGAUAGAUAGCUAUGCAGAUGUUCAAAGAGGUGGGGUCAAGGAAACAGCUAAAAUACUUGGGAAUGGUAACUUAUAGGGGAUUUGUAAAUUUCACUCUCUAUAUAUUCAAAUGUAAACUUAAUUAAAUAUCGAGGAGUCCAAAUCCAAACUCUUAUUUUUCCAUACGGACUCCGGUUCGCCCAUCACUAAUCCAACCCGUGGAUCUCAUAAUAGUGUUUACUUUCAUGCACAAAGGAACUUUAUAGUAUUAUUUUUAAUUAAAACGAGGCCUCAUUCACUGAAGAAUUCUUCAAAAGACCCCCAUGUGGCUACUUUAGCGGCCCAAGCAAUCGGUUUCGAACCGGUCCGGUCCGAGUCAUAAAAGUUUCGGGGCUCUCGGAAACAUUAAUUGUAGUCUCUCCACCGCUCCCGCUUUCAACGCUUAAACCCAAAGCAAACGCCCCCUUUUGUGUCUUUCCAUUCCAUCCGCAUCCAUCAAAAGAAUCACAGAGUACCAAGAGGAAAAUCUCACCACAAAGAAAGGUCUAAGAUCGUGGCCUCUCCUCCUCCUCCUCCACGCCUCUUCAGCCUUCACUCGGGUUCUGUUUUCCUCUUCCGCUUCCAGCUUUCAUCGAGGAUUUCCAUCAUAGUUCCUACGAGAAUCAGUAAAUUGAUGGAUAAUGAGCUUCAAGAUUUACCUUUCUAGGUUAUCUUUGGUUUCGCUGUUCAGUUCUUAGAGGACCAAGGUUUAUACUUUGCUUGAGGCGUCUAAGAUGCCAGCGCAUUUUCCAAGCAAACUUUUUCGAUUCUCCGUUGAGCUUCUGUACAGGCAGAGACACUCGGGCUUGUUUCAAUCACAUUCAUUCUCCAGUCUUGUUGACUGCAUUCGAGCUUUUUCCAGUAAUGAUCGCCCGACAGCAGAGUCUAUUGUUGGAACAUUCUACCGCAUGAUUUCUGUUCCUUCUUUGACUGGUGCGUCUUGGUACUCUUGCAUACAUAACGUCGGUAGGCUGGUUUCCGAGUCCACUCGAAGUUCUUCUUGUGUCCUAUUUGAGAGGAAUAUGGCAUUUUCUUGCAAUUCUUUACCUGGUGGAGCUGAAUGGGUUACACAUCAUCAGAAUAGGAAAAUGCUUGGUUCUUUCUUGAGUUUUGAUGCUUAUUUUUCACAUGGAAACUUUGAUUACUGCAGUAGAUCAUGCAAGACUCUGAGAAUUCAGGAACUUUCAAAUUCUACUGCAGUUUACAGGCAUAUCUGGUCCAGUGCAAUCGGUGAAAGCUUUAAUCUUUUUUCACCAAAUGGCAUUAAGGUGUUAUCUUCAUCAUUCUUCACAUCAUUUUCUACUGGAGCAGCUUCUGACAUGUCUCUUGGUGGGUCUCCACAAGAAGAGCAACUUGAUAAUUCUUCAAGCUCAUCUGAUUCUGACCAGAAAAAGCCAAGUAACAGAGCAUUGAAACUGCUGUCCGGGUCUUGUUAUCUGCCACACCCAGAUAAGGAGGAAACAGGUGGUGAGGAUGCACAUUUUAUAUGGGAUGAGCAAGCUAUUGGUGUAGCAGAUGGUGUCGGUGGCUGGGCUGAUCAUGGUGUUGAUGCAGGACAAUAUUCUAGAGCACUUAUGUCACAUGCAUCAGAUGCAAUUGAAGAAGAGUCUAAAGGGUCCAUUGAUCCGUUAAGGGUGUUGGAGAAAGCUUAUCUAAGAACUAAAGCUCAAGGAUCAUCAACAGCUUGCAUCAUUGCACUAACUGAUCAGGGCAUUCGUGCUGUCAAUCUUGGUGACAGUGGUUUCAUUGUUGUUAGAGAUGGGUGCACUAUCUUUAGGUCACCAGUGCAGCAACAUGAUUUCAACUUCACUUAUCAACUUGAGAGUGGCAAUGCAAGCGAUCUACCUAGUGCUGCCCAGGUGUUCACUUUCCCAGUCGAAUCAGGCGAUGUGAUCGUUGCAGGGACAGAUGGACUCUUUGAUAACUUGUACAACAGUGAGAUCACCGCUGUCGUUGUUCACGGCAUUAGAGCUGGUUUAGGACCUCAAGUGAUGGCCCAGAAGAUAGCUGCAUUAGCUCGCCAACGAGCCCAGGAUAAGAACAGGCAAACACCCUUCUCGACUUCUGCCCAAGAAGCCGGCUACCGCUACUAUGGAGGCAAGCUCGAUGACAUCACCGUCGUCGUCUCCUACAUCACUGCCUUCGGCAAUUAGAACUCAUUGCGCCUUUGUAAAUAAUCCGUUCAGCAUCAUGGCAAGGCAUGUGAUGGUCUCUUUCUUUUAGGUCUCAGUUACAUGUUGAUGAGAAGAAAUGUGAGACUCAUAGCAACCAUCUCUACAAGCUAGCGUAUGUUUUCUGCUUCUGAGUUAUUACUCGUAAAGAACUUAAAUGCUAUCUUCUCAAA